AACAUACAGCACACUUUGCAAUGGCUGAGAAACACACACUCGAAUCAAGUUCCGAAGUUAAUGGAAGUAAGAACCCACAUUCUCCACUUCCUGUCAUCCCAACUAAACGAUCCAAACUAGUUAGUGGAGCCACUCCAUCGCAUUAUAACCCCAAUGUACAAAGUUUACAGUCAGGCACUCCAUUGCGUCAACGUGCUGCAUCCCCUUACACUCUCAAUCCACCGAUUGACAGCGAUGGGCUCAGUUGGCCCCUGAAGGGUGCCCGUUCUCGGUUGGACGAAUCACCCGAGGAAUCUAAAGCUCGAGUCGGAAGGAUUGCUGAUGCCGUCAAGGUUAUUUUGGAGGAGCUUGGCGAGGACGUGGACAGAGAAGGGUUGUUGGAGACACCUGAACGGUACGCCAAGGCUAUGUUGUACUUUACCAAGGGGUACGAGGACAACAUUCGCGAUGUGAUCAAGGUGUUCGAAGAGGAUCACGAUGAGAUGGUUAUUGUUAGAGACAUUGAGAUUUUCAGUUUGUGUGAGCAUCACUUGGUUCCUUUCUUUGGAAAAGUUCAUAUUGCUUAUAUUCCAAACAAGCGUGUCUUGGGAUUGAGCAAGUUGGCAAGAUUGGCCGAGAUGUAUGCCAGAAGAUUCCAAGUGCAAGAGAGAUUGACUAAGCAGAUCGCCAUGGCAUUAUUGGAGUUUUUGAGACCUAGAGGGGUGGCUGUGGUGAUUGAGGCUACCCAUAUGUGUAUGGUUAGUAGAGGAGUACAAAAGUCAGGGUCAUCAACCACGACCAGCUGCAUGUUGGGAUGUUUCCGAGAUCACCAAAAGACAAGGGAAGAGUUUUUGACCUUGUUGUCAAGAAAGCAAUAGACGUGUGCUUGACAAAGGAAAUUUCAACAGUUUUCAAUUCUUGAUGUGUCCCAGUGGGCUGAUGCUUUUUUACGAUGUUAUGAUAUUCAACAUACCUUUAUACAGAACGUACUAUAAUAAAUAUAACUAUAUACAG